GUGCAGGUUGAACUUCGAAGCGUAUCGGUUCGUUCGUAGUCGUGGCGCGCGCGUUGUUCCAUCCACUAUCGUACUGCCACCGUGUGGUGUAAGCUCUGCUUGCUGGCUUUGGCCAAUGAAGGUGGAUAAAAAAGGACCACUUCCCCCCGACGGGAUCGUAACCCCAUCGCACACGUCGUUGGCGCCGUGAACCGUUCAAAUUGGAUAGUCGCGUGCGAAUGUGGCCCCGUACAAGGCCGAAAAAAAAAACGUUGCAAAGGUAUCGCGGUGUGCAAAACAAUGUCCUGCCUGAAACGACGCGAGAGCAAUUCAAGCAAGGAUAUGCUGGGGGCUUGUGAGCUUUGAAGUGGGUGUAAGGUGGUGUGGGUGGAAUUAAACAAAUAGAAAAAGUAGGAAAAGCCAGUGGGGAAAAAGCUAAUAAAUCUGGCUCAACUGAAGGUUCAAGAGUUCUCAAGUGCUGUGCGGGAGGGCUCAGGUACGAGUUAAUCGAUUAAUGCUUCUCGUCUGUAUGGCGGGAGUGCCAUCGUACCGUGGCACCAUGGAGGAAAUUAUGUCAGGAUAACUGGAUUACAUUCACGACUGGAUUUUUAGUGAUAAGUGGUGAAAGAAGGGGAGAAGAAAAAAAUGCUGCCUGAUAGGCGAUGGCGCUGGUGAUUCAAUGCGAAUCAGUGAAAUUGAUUUGCGGUUUCUCGUCUGAGUUAUGAAAUGAUAAAUGAAUAAUUGAAUUGGUUCCAUCGGAAGUGAGUCCAAUGAGGGUGGUUCGUUUGUAGCUGCGCGUGUGAAUGUCUAUAUCCAGGAUAUAAACGGAAUGGUUGGUCGCACAUCGUCGGAAGGAGCAAGAAAUAUGAUCCAAUCGAAGUGUUUGUGCGGUGGCUGAUAGUGAAAAUCAAUUACGGAACCUGACCCCCAGGAUACAGUGCAUGCAUAAAUAAACGGUGUGGGAGUCAAUUAUGGCGAUUAAAAUUUGACCCGCUCAUUCAAACUUGCCGCAUUGUGAUAGAUCCCUGCGUUGUGGAAAAUUAAAAGUCAACGCCUGCGGGUCAUAAAAAUAACGAACCUGCGCUUAUGUACAAUUAGCCGGAAAUUGCUCUUUUGGCCAGUCGCUACGUAUGUAGGUAUUGCCUGCGUUUCGAUGACAUAGUGUUUGGUGUAUUCGGUGGAGUUGCCGGUGCUGUGUGCUGUGACAGAUGUAAUCGUUGUUAUUGAUGACGGCAGCGAUGGUGGUGAUAAAAGAAUGAACAUUGAGUGUGUGGAGCGGAGUUCGAUUUGAAUACACAUUGUGACCGCAUUUCAGUGCAUGCAGGUUACCUGCUGGCAAUUUAAUAGCUCAACAAGUACUGUCCAUCCCAGCAAUAGGAAUCCAUCGAACCGAAUAGCGAAAACAAACCGGACCCAGCAACCAGUCGGAUACACGAAAACCGAAAACCAGACGGGAUUUAUGUUAAUCAACCGAACCGCAUAAAUCUGUCACGGCCACUGACUGGUUCGGAUGGUAUCGCAUCAUCCUUCACCAACAGCCGUAAGCUCCGGUGUUCAAAUAUCCCCUGGAAGCCGGAAGCGAUACCCUCGCUAAUGGAGCUCCAUCCAACCGUGGUGGAUUAAAUACAGGAUCGAUCAACCGAGCCGGGAAAGUCCAGAAUCACGUCAAACGGGGACCGACAUUCCAACGAUAAAAAGGUUUUCCUGAGCGGCGACCAGAUUCCGGCUCGUGUUUUUCUUUCGGCGAAGUGAACCAAGGAAGAAAAGACAAAUCCUCCCGAAUCGGUGUUAUUGCUACUCGGACUCGGCCGGCAUCUCCAGUAGAUGCGAGAUUUUGCUAAAUGGGAGAUUUAGUCGCAAGUGUCGCUUUUCCCAGGAUUGGCUAUCCUGUCGGUGUACGGCGGUGGUCUGUGAUUUGAAUGGCGGAAGGAAGACAACCGGAGACAAAGUGAGUUGGGCGUAAAAAAAACCGAAACCAGAGAAGAUUUUGUUAGCAGCGUCGCGGGUCAGGUGCUUUUAUGAAAUUACGCAGAUAUGCCCUACCAAACGGCGUUGCGGCGACGAAAGAAAAGAUAUCGUUGAGUGUUGCGUAAAAAAGAAGUGGAAGUGGAUUAUAACCGCCCCGGAAAAAAGGAAGCUAAUAUCGGUGACUAGGAUUUCCCGUGAAGUUUGAGCCGGAGAUUUGUGCAAAAGUGAUUUUGGUUACUUAUGUUUUUCUUCUCGUUCGUUUUGUAUAAAUAUUUUUUAUUUAAGCCACUUUGUACCGAGUAAGUGUGUAAAAGUUGGGCGCCAAGUAAGGCAGAAGAAUUAAAUAUGGCGAAAUACGUGACGCAGCAGUAUUAUUAUUUGUGGUUCGUAGUUAGCAUCGCAGCGAUGCUGGAGCUAAGCGAAAUAGGGCGGAGGUCUGCCCAGGGAAGCGCCCUCGUCCAGGCCAGCUCUGUCAUAGGCGAUGAAAACGGCCCACUGUUCGAAGUCCAAACAGCUGUCGGUCUGGACGUAUCGCUCCCGUGCGAUCUGCUCCCGACAACGAUGACGCUGAUGAGCGACAAGGUGACCCUGAUCAUCUGGUACAAGGAAGGCAACAGCAAGCCAAUUUACUCCUUCGAUGCCCGGGGAAAAAAUCUUCAGCAGGCAAUUCAUUGGUCGGACGAGGCAGUACUUAAAUCGAAGGCGUACUUCUAUUACGAAACCAAUCCGCCGGCGCUCCGGAUAAAGAACAUCAAGCAGGAGGACGCCGGUCUGUACAGAUGUCGGGUGGAUUUCCAGAAGUCGCCCACCAAGAACUGCCGGAUAGACCUGGACGUACUCGUCCCUCCAUCCAAGGUUACCAUUCUGGACGAACUGGGGGCCGCAGUAAUGGAUAAUUCCGUUGGCCCCUACCGGGAAAACGUCGACAUCAAUUUGACGUGCGUUUCCAGUGGUGGCAUACCGACCCCCAAAGUGACCUGGUGGAAGGAGCACGCACUACUAGACGACUCCUUCAUGAUCCUUCCGGACGGAACGGUCAAGAAUGUUCUCUAUCUGGAGAAAUUGAGCCGCAGUGAUUUGAAUGCAGUCUACACAUGCCAAGCUAGUAACGGACAUGUAGUCCCUCCGUUGUCCACCAAUGUGAAAUUAACGUUGAACCUGCCACCGCUGUUCAUUACCAUGCAGGGCCUCCGGGAAACGUUAACGGCGGGCAUCAAGACGCAAGUAUCGUGUCACACCGCUGGAAGCCGGCCAGCGCCCAACAUCGUGUGGACCAAGGGUACCACCACCAUCCGGGGCUCGUCCCAAACGACCUCCAACGACGGCAACGUAACCGUGUCGGAACUGGUGUUCGUUCCCGGACCGGAAGACAAUGAAAAAUCAAUUACAUGCUCAAUCGAGUACCAGGAAUCCGAGGGGGCAACGAUCCGCCUCAAAGACUCCCAUGUGCUCGACAUCAAGCAUGUGCCGGUGAUAUCACUGUCGCUUGGGGCGCCACUCGACUCGCAGAAUCUGAUGGAGGGAUCGGACGUGUACCUGGAGUGUGACAUCAAAGCGAACCCGCCGGCCAAAAAGAUCGAAUGGUUCCACAAUAAUAAACUGCUACAAUCAGCACGCGGUGUAAUCAUCUCCAAUCAGACGCUGGUGCUGCAGAGCAUCACGAAGGCGACCCACGGCGAGUACAUGUGCAAGGCGGCCAACACGCUCGGGACCGUCAACAGCAAUCAGCUCUAUUUGGAUAUCAAAUAUCCGCCGGUGUGCAAAUCAGAAGCCCAAAUAAUACGAGCCGCUGUUAAGCAAACAGUGAACAUCACUUGCGACAUCGACGCUAAUCCGAUGCACAACUUGCUCUUCCGGUGGCAAUUUAACAACUCGCUGGAAAGCAUGCUCGAGCUACCGCCGUACACGAACGUGGAAUUCACCGAACCGCUUCUGCAGCUACAGGAUCACCUAGGCUCGGUGGCUUCGUCGUCCUCCGCAGCGGCAUCUUCGUCGUCGUUAUCAUCGUCAUCGUCCUCACAUGGGGACCAUUCCACCCAUCACCAUCACCACCGGGUGCCAUCAUCUUCGUUGUCAUCCGCAUCGUCACCGUCGUCCGGCGCCGGCAGCCACAACAUGCUGGUCGGCCCGAAUCAGAAGCUAACGAUGCGUAGGAAGCUCGAACCACCCAAGCCGGAGCUCGUCGAUGGGCAGCUGUACCUGUACCGGAUCGAGUCGUUCACCAACUUUGGUACGAUCACCUGCACGGCUACAAACGCGUACGGUCAGAGUGGUCACUGCCUCUAUCACGUCCUGGUGGCAGACGUUCCCGAUCCAAUUAAAAGUUGCACUAUAUCAAAUGUGACCGCCUACACGGUGCAUGUAUCCUGCAUCGCCGGCAAGGACGGAGGCAUACCGCAGCAGUUCCAUGUUGACGUUUUCGAUGAGCACACGAAGAAGCUCAUCUUUAGCAUCACGUUCCAAGGUUCGGAGAUGCUGCUGAAAAAGCUUCCGAGCGACACCAAGUUCAUCAUCAAGAUCACACCAUUCAAUCUUCAGGGAACGGCACCUACCAGCUACCGUGUCAAGGCUCAGACACUGCCGGCUCCAUUGCUCCGUACAGCACCAUCGAAGGCCGUCCUCGUUCAGCUGACGCCCCUGCUGGGAGCCCUGGUGGGGGCAGCCGUUACGCUCUUCCUCGUGGCCAUUUGCAUAAUCAUUUUCGUCAAAUUCAAAACGAAGAAGAAACAUCACCCGGCAGCAACGACCGAGCAGGACAAAGGCAGCGCUGAGCCGUUGAGUCGAAACAUCGGAAGCCAUUCCAGCAUCGAUGACAAGAACCCGGACGUGAUACCGCACGAGAACAGCGAGGACGACGACGAGAAGCAAUUCGAGCGGCUGGCGUUGGACACGGAGCGGUUGAAGUACACGCCGACACCAGCGCUGCCAGCGAUGGUGACAGCUUACUCGCCAACGCACCUGUCACCCACCGGAAAUGGACUGAAGAAGUUUGGCGAGCUCUCGCUUACGACCAAUCCGAGCUAUGCGAUAUAUAACUCCCCGGUUCGGAGUGCGUACGGAAGUACUAACCCAUCGGGAACAACGACGACGACCGUACUGCCGGUGCGGACGACGUCCCCAAACAUUUACACAAGACUGCCUUUGCGGGACUUCACGCCCAAUACGUACGACAGUAUGCUGAGUACGCCGCAGUCGGCGGCCAGUGGGUACGCGACAUCACAAAUCUACACAGCCAAAAUGCCGCUGCUGACGACAAACUAUGCCGAGCUGGCAUCACUGGACAAAUGAUAGCAGUAAACAGUAGGCGGCGGUCACCAGCAAACUAACGGCUUCCAUGACAACCGUUGUUCUACAAAAGCAGCUACAGGAAUCCAAACCAGUCCACAAAACUGUCAAUUUCCACCAUGAGAAACAAAACAUAAAAAGCUUCCAAUUAUUAGCUGGAAGCUGCUUGCCAUCAUCACCACGUCAUAAACGAUUAGUUAGGAAUUACCUUAGGUAAGCUAAUAAAAUCUGAUCGAUAGUCUAUAGGAAAACAUCUCUUGUACAUAUGAGCAACAAAACUCCCAUGAAUCAUUUUUGUACGUGUAGUCUAUAAGCCUAGCUAAAUUAUUGUUAAAAUAAAUGCAACAGGAGAAACGAAUUUCGAAAUGUUUAGGGAACAGAACGAGAGGAAUAUUGUUGAACGGUUUUUACUGAGUUUAUCAAACCAAUCCUUCCUGCAACCCGCCAUCGAUCCAACCUCCCACCUCACCCCACAUACAUAUCUGCCCCCCAGAAUGUGAUUUCGGUUGAACCAUAUCUAAUUGUGACCAUUCGAGCGGCCAUAAAACGAGAAAUACUCGUUCAAACAAGAACGGUGAAGGCGUAUUUCUGUUAUCUCCUGCACCAUCGAAAGUGUUUGUUCGUCUUUUAUCGUUAUCAACGCCUACCUAGUUUUUAAGUCGAUAGACCAAAAUGCAGAAGAAGCGACAUAAAAUCGAAGAAUCCUCUAUUUACAUAGGCAUCAUAUGCGUUGAGUGUACAAAACUGAAAAGUCGGAAGGCGAGGAGAGUCGUUUUACCGGGCUGGGACUUGCUGUGUUUGAUAUUUCCUUCCAUAUCAGAACGAGAAUUUAAUAUCAACGGUGAAAAGGUCCAUCGUAAAAUGCCAAGGACCAUAUCAAGCCAGCUACGGAUUAGGUGAGAGAGAGAGUGAGAAAAGGCGUCAUAGCAUGCGUGCCUGGUUUGCUUAUUUUGUUUAUUUUCCAUACGACGUUCGAUAAACGAUAUUGUGUUAGAGAUACUCCUACGGACAUGUAGUACAGUGAUGGUCACUGAUAUACCAACAAUACAUACCUGGUACAUUUUUACUUCCGCUUUGCGCUAUUUGCCAUCCUGUUAUGCAUCGGCAUGAAACGAAUUCGCAUAUUUUAAAUUUCACACGACUUCACGACUUUCUCGACAUUUUGUUUUGUUCUAUGUAAAGCCUAAUAUUGUGUAAUGCUCAUAAAUGGACAUAUAAGAGACCAUCAUGUGAAGGAAAAGAAUUUCAAGUUAGAGAAGGAAGUUUCAAAAUUUAUUUGAAAAAAUUGAAAUUGGAAACCAGGAUUCUCAGAAUAGAGUUCUCUUUACUGAUUGGAUACACUUAUUCGCAGAUGAAUCUAAAAUUGUACACACAAAUGAAUUGACAUGAAUUGAAUUCACAAAUGUAUAAACAUUAUUAAGGUCUAUUCGUUCUAUGUAUAACUUCAGUCACUUUUCAGAACAAAAAAGUGUCAAGUGAAUUCUAAAACUCAUUUAAUUCAUUUUUAUUGUUUUGGCUUUUAUCUAUGACCAUCACUGUAUUACAUUAAUCAUAAAAGGAAAAAUGAACAAAGACAGGGAAUAUAUCAAUAAAUACGCAAACAUAAGAGUGCGGCAAGAUAUCGUAUUGCAAACAGACUGCAAACUGACACCGAAUACACCUAACAUACAAAUGCUCGGCGGUGAACAGAUCUAAAGAUAAGGAAAAAGUAAAACUCAACAUAUUGAAAUGUGAAAGUCAUAUCAGUCAUAUAUUUUGAAGCCAUAAUCCAAACAUAAGUACAUUCAUAGCCUAGGCAGCGGUGUUUAGAUAAGCGAGCACGACCAGGGCGGGCAAGCGGUUUUUUUCAAGUUCAAGGUGGUUGAACUCGGAAAAGUGUAGAAUUCUAUUUUAAUAAUUCACAACCAUCAUUCGAAAACAAAAUCAAUAUAACUGGAGAAACGUCAUUUAGGAAAUCCGAAUGCAUCUGCCCCAUCAAAUUAUUUGCGUUCGUGUUCCUGGUUGUACGCCAUGUGCCGGAAGAAAACUGUUGUUCCAUGCUACCGUUUGUUGCUACAUCCUUAGCACAGAUAUAUGUACGUAGAGUCCACCGGGUGCCUCGUAAUCGCUCCAAAGUGCCAUACUUUGUCAAUAUUGUCUUGUGUUCAAUUGGGGACGCCCCUUUGCAGCAUCGCAAUGUGCAAUCAUGGCGCACAAACGAU